AUGGCGGACAACACGCACGUCGUCGACAAGGACAUCAAGGCCGCCGAGGACGGCCUCGAGCCGACCAAGUCGCUGACCGCCGGCGAGGUCCAGCACCUCGACGCCUCCGCCGAGUUCCUCUACCAGAACAACAUCACCGAGGAGUACCUCGCCGAGCUCGUCAACGACAAGGAGAAGAACCGCAAGCUCGUCCGCAAGAUCGACCUCAUCGUCCUGCCCCUGCUCGCCGGCACCUACGUGCUGCAGUACAUCGACAAGCAGGCGCUCUCGUACGCCGCCGUCUUCGACCUCUUCACCAGCACCAGCGUCACGCAGACGCAGUACUCGUGGUUCGCGAGCAUCUUCUACCUGGCGUACUUGGUUGCUGAGUACCCAUGGGUCUACCUCGCGCAGAAGACGCAGAUGGGCAAGGUCGUGGCCGGGUGCGUGCUCUCGUGGGGCUCCGUGUUGAUGAUCACGGCCGCGUGCUCCAACUUCCCCGGCCUGGCGGCGUGUAGAUUCUUCCUGGGAGUCUUUGAGGCCCCGAUUACCACCUGCUUCAUGAUGAUGGUUUCCAUGUGGUACGUCCGAUCGGAACAACCCUUCCGCGCAGGCAUCUUCUACUGCUGCAACGGCGUCGGCUCCAUGCUAGGCGGCAUCCUCAGCUACGGCAUCGGCCAGAUCGACUCCUUCCCCGUCUGGAAGGCCGUCUUCCUCAUCUGCGGCGGCAUCACCGUCCUCUGGGGCAUCCUGCUGCUCUUCUGCCUGCCCGACAGCAUCCUCACCGCCAAGCGCUUCUCGCUCGAGGAGCGCGCCCUGCUCGUCGGCCGCGCGCGCCUCGCCCGCACCGGCGUGCUCAACAAGACGGUCCAGUGGUACCAGAUCAAGGAGGCCGUGCUCGACCCGCAGGUCUGGCUGCUGACGCUCUUCGUGCUGCUCAACGAGGUCAUCAACGGCGGCGUCGCCAACUUUGGCAAGCUCAUCAUCAAGGGGCUCGUCUCGGACCCGCUGCUCACGACCGCGCUCGGCAUCCCGCAGGGCGCGUUCCAGGUCUUCUGGAUCCUGUCCGGCGCGUACACGGCCACGAAGCUGAAGAACCAGCGCACCACGGUGAUGGCGCUGUGGCUGAUCCCGACCAUCCUGGGUUGCGUCAUGAUCUGGAAGCUGGACAGGGCGCACUACAAGGUCGGCGUGCUGUUCGGGUACUACCUUGUCGGCUCGUUCGUCGCGUCGCUGGUGCUCGCGCUGCAGAUGCCGGCGACGAAUUUGGGUGGCUACACGAAGCGCAUUACGGCCUCGGCCAUCGUCUUCACGGCGUACUGCGUCGGAAACGUUAUUGGGCCCCAUGCUUUCCUGGCCAAGGAGGCGCCGCUGUACCCGACGGGGUGCAAGGUCAUUCUCGCGUGCUCGGUUGCGCAGAUGUGCAUCGCCAUCUCGUUGCGGGUGAUGUUGAUGCGUAGGAACAAGCAGAGGGACGAGGCGGCUGCUGCGGCUGCGGUGACGCCUGACGCUCAGCAUGAGGAUGAGGGUGUUGAUUUGACUGAUAUGGAGAACCCCAACUUCCGUUAUGUGUUGUAG